GUGGUCGUUCGUGUAAAAUCCAUGCAUUCCAUCAUCUACAUCUAUCUCGUCAACUUGGCAGCAGCGGAUGCCUCAUUUCUUGUCCUUGCGCUCUCCAAGAUUUGGCUUUGGCGUCAAACCAUUACCAGCGAAAUUCUGUCUUCGGCUCAUCUCACCUGUCGUUUCACAACUUACAGCUUUGUAACCGCGCUGGCAUUCGACCGGUUCUUCGCUGUGACUAAGCCACUACAUUUCCGUGUGAGAGCCACGAAGACGAGAGCAACCAAGAUAUCGACGGGGCUCUGGGCGUUUACUCUGUCUCUUGGAGUUUCCCACUUUAUUCUUGGAUAUUUUGAAUCUUACACUAAGCUGGUCUGUUCGGCUGUCAAACUUGCCGUUCACACAACAAUUUUGUCCGUCAAUGCUGUCCUCUACACCUCCAUUGUAAGGGCUGCAAGGCCAGCAUCUACAAAACUAAACUGUACUUCGUCAAUCCGUGUUGACAGAAUACUUCGGAUUGUAAUCUUGAACACAGCUGUGUUCUUCCUUUAUACUCUGUUGGUAGUCGUGUCGUCUGCAAUGACUCUCGUCAGCGAAAUUUCAGACCAUCUUAAUCCAAUCAGUCAAACUCACCUGACUCACCUCAAUCAGAUGGUUUCAGUGUUGUAUCUGAUCAAUUGUUCCAUCGACCCAAUCAUAUACAGUGUAGCCAAUGCAGAUCGCCAAGCUGCAUUUGUGGAAGCAUUUUCAUGCUUGGAUUUUUGCCGUUACCACCGAAACGCCCUCACUGCUCAAUCUCAGUCUGAUAAGCAGAUUCGAAUGCAACAACCCCGUCCUUUACCAGAGGCAGGGCAUGACCUAGCUGGCAGAAGACAGGCCCAGUCCCAAAGACUUGUACAAGACCCCACGAGCAGUCACACCAGUGCAUCACUUAAUAUCGAAGAUCUCCCGAGUACAUCACAAAGACCAGUGUGCCUCUCGAAGUUCGAACCAUUAAUCCACCUUCAGAUGAAGUCUUCAGCUACCACCUCUUCCAUUGGGCGAAACGAGACGCCUAUAUUGAGCGUAACAUCCAAAGGCAGCUUCAGUGUCAUGGAGCCGAGCACCGCCGAUGCUACCCAUAACAAACAAUCUUCAUCAUCUUGGGAGUCGGGUUGGCAAGAUGAAGAACCAGGCGAAACUCUGGAGGAUUGUACGUGGUUAUAGUAUCGCUUUAAGUACCAUGGUCCUGCAGUCAAGAUUCAACAGGUAAAAUAACCGUGGUUUGUAGCAAACAUUUCGUUGAUCUCAUUGAAAAACUGUCACAUUUCAUUCGCACAAAUUAAAAAGAAGGGGCCUCAGUACGAAAGGUAGAGACAAGCUUUAAGCUUUAAAUUGGGGAUUAAGAAAAGCUCUAAGUACGUACCCAUGCAUUUCCUCUUCUGACAUUAAUUGGCUGUAAAAAUCCUGAAGCACAUAACAAUACAAAAGUUAAUGUCGGCCUAGCUAUCCAUCACAUCAUCUUGAAUCCGUCUUGUUCCGCUACAUGGGAAGCCAGUCCACCAUGUAGGCUGCUUUUAGUCACCUGAAAUGACGUCAAAUACAUGUAUUUACAACGUAACUUCUAAACUGAAUUUAAGAGCUAGGCCGGUUGUGAACCGAGAGCGGCGUCUUGUUAAUUUGGGGAUGAACCUUUCAGACCCGUUAUCCUUUUGACUUGACAGUGUAUUCCCCGUACCUCAAUCGAGAUGUAGCCAUCCUUUUCCUUUAAAUUUCGCUCGAUGCAUGAGACAAGCCCUAUUAAAUGUCUUUCUUGUUAUCAAAUAUGCAUUUGUGAAAUAAUGUGUCCUUUUCCUUCCAUAAAAAUGCAACAUCGUGUAACAUGCAUUUCAGGGUUCCUUCUUAAAGAUAAAGAGAUUAAAAUAUUCUGUAUUACACAUACAGACAUGUUAGCAGCAUGUUACUUCAAAUUUGUUUUAAGUCCUCAUGCAAAGUGCAACAUGUCUUUCCAAACCUGAUAAAGUGUAAGUUAAUAUUAUUUCCAAGGCAUAGCUCAGUGAUACUUUAUAAUGAGUUUCGCUUUCACAUAGGGGCCUGUCAAAACAGCCAUGAUGCAUGCAGGAAACAGCUCUCCCUUAAACAAAUUGACGCUUUAUUUUGUUGCUCGUGUAAAUUAACAUGUAAGUUGCAUUUAUCAUGAGCGUAGGUCAUAUAUAGAGUAUAAAGUACACCUCUGAUUUGAUUAAAACAGAAGUGAUUUUUGUAUAUAAAAACAUUGCUAACCCUGCCCAUUAUAUCUGUAUUUCAACAUGUAAUCACAAUUAUGGAACAAGUUAUCAUGUGUGUAGGUCUGGCCACCUCCAAGGUCUGGCAGUAUAGGUACACAUGUACUUGUGAAGUUGUGGCUUAGAAAAAAAACACGUAUUUUAUAAUCAUGUACCUUUCAGUGUAAAUUAUUUCGCCACGCUAAUGAAAUUUACUAUAAAGUGACGAACUUUGAUGUUGAUGUCAUUUUCUUAGUAUAGCUGUUGUAAUAUUAAGCCUUGACCGAGAAUCAUGGUGUGCACAAUGAAUCAUGUCACAAGGUUACAUGAAUACCUCGCGAAAGUAUUUUCUGAAUCCUAAACUCCACAAAUGUGGCAUUUACAUUUAUUCUUCGAAAUCCUGGUUGUUUUCGUUAUUGCAUGUAUAUUUAAUAAAA